CUGAUAAAAUGGCUAUAAAGCCAACUUGUAUAAUACACUGUACAAAAAGAUGCCUCAUGUUCUAGGCGCUGUGUUGGAUAGACUGGAAUGCUGACUUGAACGCGUCCAGGCUAGGGGCUGUAACGACUGAGAUAAAGGAAGACAAACUAAGGAAUCACUUUGGUGCAAUAGGACCAGUGACUGACUGCAGCUUAAAAUUCACAAAGAAUGGAAUGUUCCGCAAAUUUGCCUUCAUUGGAUUCAAGACAGAAACUGAGGCUCAAGCAGCACUAAAACAGUUUAAUAACACAUUUAUUAAUACAUCCAAAAUACAGAUUGAGGUUGCACAUGAUUUUGGGGACACCAACAAACCACGGUCCUGGAGCAAGUAUGCAAAGGACAGCUCUUCAAGUGUGAAAACAGAUCCAGUCCCAGUCACCAAGGAAAAGGAUUUGAAAAAGAUAAAGAAAGAGAAGAAGAAAAAGAAAGAAAAUCCAGUGGUUGAAGAGUUACUAGAUAAUCUAAAGGAUGAUCCAAAGUUCAGCGAGUUUUUGGAAGUCCAUCAGAGUAACAGCACCAAGGCUCUAUGGAGCAACGAGGGUGGGAUGUCUGUUGCUAUGGACCCUGACUCAGACAUGGAAGACAAUAGCAAGAAGAAGCGUAGAGAUAAUCUUGACUCACAGUCCGGGAAGGAAGGUGAACAAAUGGAGCAAGAAGAUGAAAAUGACCUGAAAGAUGUGCAGGAAGAAGAUAACAAGAUUGCAAAGCAGAAAGGACUCUCUGAUUUGGAUUACCUGAAGUCUAAAGUUGUAACAAGUCCUAAAGAGGAGAAAUCAGGAAAUACCAAACCACAAGUCAAGACCGAGUCAGAAAAUGUAGAUGAAAAGAGUAGUGUUAAUUCUGCAUUCAUGCUACGACUGAAAGGGUUACCAGCUAAAUCAGGCGAGAAAGCAGUCAGAGAAUUUUUUAACCCUAUCAAAAUUGCGAGACUAAGGAUUCCAAAAUCAGCUGCAAAGAAGCCAAUGGGCAUAGCAUAUGUUGGGUUCAAGACAGAAAGUGAGCUAGAACAGGCCCUUCGUCGGAACAAGAACUUCAUUGGAGGGAAUCGUGUGUUCUUGAAGAAAGCUGAAUCUGAAGAAAUGCUCCAACAGGAUGAAGGAAAACAGCGACCUUGGGAACUCAAGCAAACUGAUGACAAAGGGGAGGAUAUUGGUGAGACUGGGCGACUGUUUGUGAGAAACUUGGCCUACUCCUGCACGGAGGAAGAUCUGGAAGACGAGUUUAAGAAGUUUGGGCCACUAACAGAAGUGAACUUGCCAGUGGAUUCACUCACCAAGAAGAUUAAAGGCUUUGCCUUUGUUACGUACAUGAUGCCAGAGCAUGCUGUGAAAGCCUACACUCAGCUGGACGGGAAAGUCUUUCAGGGUCGCAUGCUGCACAUUUUACCUGGAAAAGAAAAAAAUGAGGAUGAUGAACAGUUUGCAGAAGGAUCAUCAUUUAAGAAAGAGAAACAGGCUAAACAGAAGGCUUUAGCAUCAAGCUCACACAACUGGAAUGCAUUGUUUCUCGGUGCCAAUGCGGUGGCAGAUGUAAUGGCUGAGCGGUACCAGACCAGUAAGGGGGACAUUCUGGACGAUAGCCUCAAGGGCAGCCUGGGGGUCAGGAUGGCCCUGGGGGAGACCCAGAUUGUUCAGGAGACCAGGGACUUCCUCACCGAGCAUGGAGUCGCCCUAGACUCGUUUAGUCAGCCCAAUGCAGAAAGAAGCAAGACUGUUAUUCUGGUAAAGAACCUGCCAGCUAAGACAGAUUCUUCUGAGCUUGAGACUGUUUUUUCCCCGUACGGGACGCUGGGUCGUGUGCUGAUACCCCCGUCCGGGAUUACGGGCAUUGUGGAGUUCAUAGCCCCGACUGAGGCUCGGGCAGCCUUCACUAAGCUGGCCUAUAGAAAGUUUCGCCAUGUUCCCCUAUACCUAGAGUGGGCCCCAAUGGAGGUGUUUAAAACGCAACCACCAGAGAAAACCAGCGUCUCAUUAGAGGGUACAAAGGGAGAAGGCCUGCAGGAAAUAAAGGAUGCCAAGGGUGAACCCACCUCUAAGAUCACAGCUCCUGUGACUAAUGAUGAUGAUGAGGAGGAGGAGGAGGAGGAUGUUGGCAGUGUACUGUUUGUGAAAAAUCUCAACUUUGAUACAACAGAUGAUGAUUUGAAACAGCAUUUUACUGAAUGUAAAAGCUUCAAGUCUGCGAAUGUCGCCAAGAAGAAGGACCUGAAGUUGCCAGGUUCAUACCUGUCUAUGGGGUAUGGGUUUGUGGAGUUCCGUAGCCCGGAGGGUGCAGGGGAGGCUCUCAAGGUCAUGCAGGGUACUAGCCUCCAGGGGUACCUGCUGGAGCUGAAGAUAUCCAACAGGACCACAGCUAGCUCUCAGACAAACCUGUCAGGGAAGAAAAAGCAGAAGGAGAAGAAACAGAGGACCACCAAAAUACUGGUCCGUAAUAUUCCCUUUGAGGCAAAGAAACACGAAAUCAUGGAAUUAUUCAAAGUGUUUGGAGAGAUCAAGACAGUGCGGCUACCAAAGAAGAUGGGAGGAACAGGGUCACACAGAGGCUUUGGCUUUGUGGACUUCCUAACUAAACAGGACGCCAAGCGAGCGUUUGAAGCGCUGUGUCAGAGCACUCACUUGUACGGGAGAAGACUGGUGUUAGAGUGGGCCGCCAUGGAGGAGGACGUUGACGACAUCAGGAAACGCACUGCUGACCACUUCCGGGAUGAACACGAAAAUAAGAAGUUCACAAAGUCCAAUCUGAAACAGAGCCUGGAGAUGUCUGUCACUGACUGAGGUUGCCAUGGGAACAAAUGAUACCCUGUCAAAGUGAGGCUCAAGGAAUGUGUAGUUGGACUAAACAUAUGCAUGACAUAUGGGACUAUGAUCCAUUUUGCAAGCAGCAAAGUGUCUCUAUGGCAGACUGACUGCCAUUUCUGCUUAACAUUAUCUGACUUGUUUUUGUUUCAAAGUAUUAAGUUAGGGAGGUGUUUUACUAUUAGAGCUAUGUUUUGUUUUAUUAAACUAACUUAGCCUCUUAGCAUGUAAAGGAUUGCAAAUAAUGGAGAUAGUUGUUUAAAAAAUUGAUUUAUUUGGAAAUAAAGCUUCAAUGCUAUUUUAAUAAAACCAGCAGUUUACAGAUUUCUCCUUAAAUAAAGAAUUUUGGUGUUUGUUCCUUUUGAUUCCUGGAUCAUGUUGUUCCGUGUAUCACUCGAGGUUGUCAUGACAACAGUGUCACUAUAUGAGUCUUCAGGGUCAAACCUGUCAUCCUUGGCAUUGCGCCGGGUGUAUAUGUCCACCAUGUCCUCUGAAAUAAGGUAUAUAUGGUGUGUUUUGUUCUGAGAAAACUGGGCUUAAUGUAUGUGCGUAAAGUGUCGUCCCAGAUUAGCCUGUGCAGUCCGCACAGGCUAAUCAGGGACGACACUUUCCGCUUUUAUGGUAUUUUUUGUUUAAAGGAAGUCCCUUCUUACAGAAAAUCUUGUUUAGGAGGAAAGUGUCGUCACUGAUUAGCCUGUGUGGACUGAACAGGCUAAUCUGGGACGACACUUUACGCACACGCAUUAAGCCCAGUUUUCUCAGAACAAGGCUCAUGGUAGAUUCCUCAUUAUACAUUUUCUAUUGAUUAUUGGGAACUAUGGCACAGGUUAUUUGUUCUAUUUUUGUAAAGUAAUCAGGCAGAAAUCAGAGUAUUUUUAUUGUACAUGAAUAUUGUUUAAGAUACAAAUCAUUGAUAAAGAUCAUUAAGAAAGCAUUCAGUUAUUAUUUCUUUUUUUAUUAUUAUGUUUUAUUGUGUAUGUAUAUUUUUAAUGGCACACCCACCUUGAUAUAGUCAACACCAAAAGAUCGACAUACAUUGCCUAGGCUAUUGUGUAAUCAAGCAUCAUGCCAUUGUCAAUCUUGUAAUUAUUGAUAAAUUAAUUACAGUAUGAACUCUCUGAUUACUUUUGAAUUUGUGCUGUACUUGUUCAUUAAAUAGAUUUUAAUAUUGUGAAUUUUGCAAUUCAAAAUAAAUUGAAUAUAUUUCGUACAACAAAUUGGUA